UUUUUUUUGUUUUGUUGGUAUAAUCAGAAGUUGAAUUAAAUUCCAAAGCUCUUGAAAGUGAGAGGUAGCCUACCCUUUGAGUGAUCUCCAGUGGAUGUCCACCUGAAAAGCAGAAGCAAUGUAUCAAUGUUGGGUUGCAGGAUCCAAACCAACUUUUCUUAGAAUCACUUUGGCCAUCCCUUGUUCUCCUCUUUUCUGGUUUUCUUGUUUGAAGUUUCAGCUUCUCCAUGUUGACACUUUCAAUCACUUCCCACAAGAAGAUAACCCACCAUUUAAUGAUUGAUCAUGGAAGAGAAACCCUCACUUAUCUUCCUUGUCCGUUUGUCUUUGGCCCCCACUGUCAUAUUCCCUCAUUUUCAGCUUCUCAGAUAAGCACUUUUUCAAUUCAGCUUCUGUAUAUAAAUAUCUCCUCUUUUCACUUAUACCAACAAAAAUAUUUCAAUGGAUUCCAACUUCCUUCUCAACCCUUCAGGCCUCCACUCAGUUUAUUAUCAACCUAAGGAGGAUGAUGGCCUCAUCGAUCUCGGCCUCAGCCUCAGAACUCUGCAACCUGAAGCCUAUCAGCCAUCUCAACAUGCAGUGGUAGGCAUGGAGGGAUAUGGAGACUUUAUGGAGUGGCCACAGGCUGAUUUGCAGCUGAAGAAUCCAGGCAGGGGAUUUCCCAGGCUGAUACAAGACGACGGUGACGAGGAGGCUGAGGGAAUCCAGAGCAAAGAGAGGUGGGCUUAUGUGAAGGUUAACAUGGAUGGAGUUAUUGUGGGAAGAAAAAUCUGCGUUCUUGACCAUGAAGGCUAUUCUAGCAUGGCACAUAAAUUGGAAGAAAUGUUUGGUAUGAUUCCAGGGAGAAAUUCUGCAUCUGGGCUAAGAUUAUUCCAGGCUGGAUCAGAAUUUUCACUGUUUUACAAGGACAGGGAGGAGAAUUGGAGGCCUGUUGGUGAUGUUCCCUGGAAAUUGUGCAGGAUUAUCAGCUAAGUUAUGGUUUGAUUCAUGAUAGAGAGUUCGUAGAAUCAGUGAAGCGGCUCAGGAUUGCCCAAAACUGAAGCUUUUCUUCUGAAUCAAGCUUCUGAUUAGUAGUUUGUUCUGAAGAAUCUCUGAGGACUGACUUGACUUAGAGUGGGAAGUUACAUUGGGAAAUUUGUGUUCCAGAAGGCAUGUAGAAUCAGAAUGCCAGCCAGAGUACAUUGUCACAAGUUGGUAUUAGUUUCAUAUAUAUAAACUGUUCUUGUUAUAAUGUGAAUGGCAGAGAUUCUUAAUUCUACUAAAAUAUUGAAGAUUCAUGCAAUUCCGAGCUUGAAACUUGUCAGGGAUAUAGUGAAUGAGAAUCUGGAUUAGUUUAUAAGUGUGCAGUCCCUUCAAUUAAGUAGAUGUAUUUUGAGUGAAAAAAGGCUCGUAUCAAACUUGAAAAUAAAUCCAAGACAGAUUAAGUUAGUUUAUUAGAUGAA